UAACAGGCCUUCAGUUCAGUACGUUAUCAAAGAGGAUAUACAUGGAUAUACUAGCAGGGGUUAAGUUCUGAAAGGGUUGUAUGAUCCCAAAUAUAUUCUAGCUGAUGCUGCUGCGAUCAACAAAAGGGACAGGUGAGAAAUGUGCCGAUGGUUGAGAUGAGAGAAGGGCAUCGCAUAGAAAAUUAAAGAGUGAAUUCCCUCAAUGCCACUAGAAUUUACAGCGCUUCCCUCGGUGCCAUUGAAAUUCUUAGCUUUCCUUCAGUGCCACUAGAUAACAUUUCACUUCCCUCACGAGUGAAAUGAUAAUUUUACUCUUAUAAUAACUGCUGCUGCAGCAGGUGGCGUGUCGCUCUUCCUUAACUGCUCGCCCACCUCUCUUCUUCCUCCCUUCCUCCAUAUCACGCGCAUAAGCAACAGUUCGUGCUAGCUACUGCUCCGACCUCCGACUCCCUAUCCUCUCCGUCUGCUCGCCCGCGCCAAGGCACAGUACCAGCAGCAGCGUGCGCUCCGUCCUGCUCCACCUGUCGCCGCACGGCGCUCGGAUGUCAGUAUCUGCCACGCGACUACGCGAGUUCUUCGAUUGGAGCCAACCGGUGCUGAUGAUACCUGUGUGGCUGUGUGAUUCUCUCACCUGCAGGACCGGGUCAGGCGACGAGCUAGCCGAGUUGCUCUGGGACAACGGGCCGGCGCUCAGGGGGGCGCCGCCGCCGUUCCAGCCAUUCACCUGCAGCACCGGUGGCAGCAGCAGGACCCACGAGCUCAAGCGCCACGCUGCCGCCGCCGGCCUGGCCUCCGUGCCGCUCGGGACGCACGACGCCGACCUCUCCAUCCACGACGACGCCGUGCCGUGGCUACAUUGCCCCGUCGUCGACGACGACGGCGAGGCGCCGCUGCCGCCGGAGUACUGCGCCGGCUUGCUGUCCGAGUACCCGGGGCUCCCCGCCAGCGCGCUGCCCGCCUCCUCCCACCACGGCGCGGCCAUCCCGCCCUCCCGCGCCGCGGCGCCGUCGGAGGCCGCGGCCAAGCAGGCCCCGCCGAGCGCCGGUGAGGGCGUCAUGAACUUCACCUUCUUCUCGCGUGCAACAGCGGCCGCGAGGACGGUGGCGGGUGACCACCUCGUUGGUCUGCUCCGGCAACGGUGACCGGAGCCAGCCCAAGAGGAGCAGCCACCACCAGCUCCUGGACUGCUCCAUAUUGUCAUUGGACAAGGGGCAAGGUUGGUAUUGUGCAGCAGAACGGAAGCGGCUCUUCCGAGCGUGGGUCCAUCUAGUCAGUGAGGAAAACUUAAUAGCCAUGGACGGAAAUGGCAAGAAAUUUGAAAUAAUGGCAGUGAGAGGAAUUUAAGAAUUUGAAUAGCA